GGCGCGCGCGCGCGCGGCCCGGCCCGGCCCGGCGCGGUCCCCCCGAGACUCGGGCCGUGCCGCGGAGGAAGCGACGAGGAGGCGGCUGCCCGAUUUGUUUGUAAAUGCAUCAUAAACAGACAGCCCAGAAUGAAGAAAGCAAGCAGGAGUGUUGGCUCAGCGCCCAAAGUGCCUGGAGUAAAUAAAACUCAAUCAACUGAAAAGGCCAAACCAGAAAACGGCUCCUCGGUGUCUGCAGUAACAAAACUCUCCAAAACCGGGACAGCAGCAUCUCUUUUGAAGACUAAGAGCAAUGAUGACCUCUUAGCAGGGAUGGCUGGUGGCAGUGGAGUGACAAUAACCAAUGGUGUCAAGGCAAAGAAGAGCACUUGUGUAUCAACAGCAUCUUCAGCUUCAGGGACGACCAUGAACAGUCUGGAGAAUAAACCCAAAACUAUUGCAGGUACGAGUUCCACAACUAAGCGGAGCACCUCAGCUGGCAAUAAAGAGUCAAGCUCUUCUAGGGAAAGAAUACGCGACCGUUCUCGUUUAAGCCAGAGCAAGAAGCUGCCUCUGAGCGGCCAGGGCACCAACGACACGGUCCUGGCAAAGCGCUCCCGCAGCCGCGCCAACCCGGAGGCCGACAUUCGCAUGAGCAAAUCCAAAUCAGACAAUCAAAUCAGUGACAAAGCAGCAUUGGAAGCAAAGGUGAACGACCUUUUGACGUUAGCAAAAACUAAAGAUGUGGAAAUCUUGCACCUGAGGAAUGAACUAAGGGACAUGCGUGCUCAGCUCGGACUGAACGAAGAUCAGUUUGAAGGUGAUGAAAAAUCUGAAGAAAAAGAGGCCAUUGUUGUCCAUCAGCCAACUGAUGUAGAGUCUACGUUGCUACAGUUACAGGAACAAAACACUGCCAUCCGAGAAGAGCUAAACCAACUGAAGAAUGAGAAUCGAAUGUUAAAAGACAGAUUAAAUGCAUUAGGCUUUUCUUUGGAACAAAGGCUGGACAACUCUGAAAAACUCUUUGACUAUCAGUCUUUGAGUCCGGAGAUUACAGCUGGCAACCACAGUGACGGUGGUGGCACUCUGACAUCUUCUGUGGAAGGUUCUGCUCCUGGAUCGAUGGAAGACUUGUUAAGUCAGGAUGAAAACACUUUGAUGGACAACCAACAUAGCAAUUCCAUGGAUAAUUUAGACAGUGAGUGCAGUGAAGUUUAUCAGCCGCUGACAUCAAGUGAUGAUGCCCUAGAUGCUCCAUCAUCUUCAGAGUCUGAAGGCGUACCAAGUAUAGAAAGAUCUAGGAAGGGAAGCAGUGGCAAUGCAAGUGAAGUGUCCGUAGCUUGUCUGACAGAACGGAUACAUCAGAUGGAAGAGAAUCAGCACAGUACAGCUGAAGAGCUCCAAGCCACACUUCAAGAGCUUGCAGAUUUACAGCAAAUAACACAAGAGCUAAACAGUGAGAAUGAAAGACUCGGAGAGGAGAAAGUAAUCCUUAUGGAAUCUUUGUGCCAGCAAAGUGACAAGUUGGAACACUUCAGCCGUCAGAUCGAGUAUUUUCGGUCCCUUUUAGAUGAACACCAUAUUUCAUAUGUCAUUGAUGAAGAUAUGAAAAGUGGUCGCUACAUGGAGUUAGAGCAACGUUACAUGGACCUUGCAGAGAACGCUCGGUUUGAGCGAGAGCAGCUGUUGGGUGUUCAGCAGCAUUUGAGUAACACUUUGAAAAUGGCAGAACAAGACAACAAGGAGGCCCAAGAGAUGAUAGGGGCAUUAAAAGAACGAAAUCACCACAUGGAACGGAUUAUUGAGUCAGAGCAGAAAAGCAAAACAGCCAUAGCAUCUACCUUAGAGGAGUACAAAGCCACAGUAGCCAGUGACCAGAUAGAGAUGAACAGGCUGAAAGCUCAGUUAGAGCACGAAAAGCAGAAAGUGGCCGAGUUGUAUUCUAUACAUAACUCUGGAGAUAAAUCAGAUAUACAAGAUUUGCUGGAGAGUGUCAGACUGGAUAAAGAAAAAGCAGAGACUUUGGCCAGUAGUCUGCAGGAAGAGCUGGCACACACUCGCAAUGAUGCCAAUCGAUUGCAAGAUGCCAUUGCUAAGGUUGAAGAUGAAUACAGAGUGUUCCAAGAAGAAGCCAAGAAACAAAUUGAAGAUCUCAACGUGACUCUAGAAAAACUUCGGACAGAACUAGAUGAAAAGGAGACUGAGAGAAGUGACAUGAAAGAAACUAUCUUUGAAUUGGAGGAUGAGGUAGAGCAGCAUCGUGCUGUGAAGCUUCAUGACAACCUCAUCAUAUCUGAUUUGGAGAAUACAGUUAAAAAACUACAGGACCAAAAGCAUGACAUGGAAAGAGAGAUAAAGAAUCUUCACAGGAGACUCCGGGAGGAGUCAGCUGAAUGGCGUCAGUUCCAAGCUGAUCUGCAGACUGCAGUGGUUAUAGCAAACGAUAUCAAGUCCGAGGCCCAGGAAGAGAUAGGAGACCUGAAGCGGAGAUUACACGAAGCUCAGGAGAAAAAUGAGAAGCUCACUAAAGAGCUGGAGGAAAUAAAGUCACGCAAGCAGGAAGAGGAACGUGGUCGAGUGUACAAUUACAUGAAUGCUGUGGAGAGAGAUUUGGCAGCUCUAAGACAAGGAAUGGGCCUGAGUCGCAGAUCAUCCACUUCCUCAGAGCCAACUCCUACUGUGAAAACUCUCAUCAAGUCAUUUGACAGUGCCUCCCAAGUUCCAAGCCCUGCUGCUGCCACCAUUCCUCGCACUCCCUUGAGCCCAAGUCCCAUGAAAACUCCCCCGGCUGCUGCUGUGUCCCCUAUGCAGAGGCAUUCUAUAAGCGGACCAAUCUCAGCUUCCAAACCCCUUGCUACCCUGACAGAUAAAAGACCAAGCUAUGCUGAAAUCCCUGUGCAAGAACAUUUGUUGAGAACAUCAUCUACCAGCAGGCCGGCGUCUUUGCCAAGAGUACCCGCUAUGGAAAGUGCCAAAUCUAUUUCAGUGUCUCGAAGAAGUAGUGAAGAAAUCAAGCGGGACAUCAGUGCACCUGAUGGAGCAUCUCCAGCAUCCCUGAUGGCAAUGGGUACCACCUCACCACAGCUGUCACUCUCAUCUUCUCCUACAGCGUCAGUCACCCCUACGACCAGAAGUCGAAUAAGGGAAGAGAGGAAAGAUCCCUUGUCUGCCCUAGCAAGAGAAUAUGGGGGAUCCAAGAGAAAUGCCUUGCUGAAGUGGUGCCAGAAAAAAACAGAAGGAUAUCAGAAUAUCGACAUAACAAACUUCAGCAGUAGCUGGAACGACGGCUUGGCUUUCUGUGCAGUCCUCCAUACUUACCUCCCAGCCCAUAUUCCCUAUCAAGAGCUAAACAGCCAGGACAAGAGGAGAAAUUUCACUUUGGCUUUUCAGGCAGCUGAAAGUGUUGGCAUCAAAUCUACUCUGGACAUCAAUGAAAUGGUGCGAACCGAGCGUCCAGACUGGCAGAAUGUCAUGCUGUAUGUUACAGCAAUUUACAAAUACUUUGAAACCUGAAACCCUAAUAAUUCAACAGACCCAUGCAAUAGAGCCAACAUGAGCUACCAGAUGGAAAUCUUACAGAAAUGCUAAUCCCCAUUUCACUGAAAAUGGCAACAUUUGAGUUCCCUCAAACUUCAGUGACACUGUCCUGGAUUGCCUCAGAUUGCUUCAGCUAUUUAAACCUGGAAACAACUGUUUAAAAACAAGAUCUUGUUGCCACAGUGCUUGGAAUAACCCAAGUUAUUAAGCUAUUUGGAUUAAUUAUGUAGCCUAAAGAGCCUGGACUACUUAUGCGCUGCCUUUCCAGCCAGACUUCCUGAAGCUUUAUUUCCUAAGAUAGUGAGAUGAAUGGAUCCUCCAGCGUAUAGGCGACUGAAUGUACAGAUUUGAGAAGCUUUGAGAAGGGAAAGGAUAACAUGGCAUCAUAUUACUGAACUUCUUUCUGUAGCAUCCUGGUACCACGGAGUCUGAAUAUUCCACCCGCAGGAUAUGGCACCCCAAUCCAGUAGAAUUCUCAAUGGUAAUUUAGUUACUGCCUUCACAGCUGUUUUUCCUCCUUUAAAAUAUGCACAAUAUUCUAUGAAAACAAGCUUUUGUUCCAUAAAAACGAAUUGAGUGGAAGAGCGCUCUCAAUACCUCGAAAAAUUUGGCACAGAUGAACUCUUCAUUCUAAAGCUUCAUUUUAAGCCUACCUCUGUCACAGUGAUGUGGCUUCCAACUUGAUCUUACGGACUAUAGACUGACACACAGAGCUCCUGGUUUUCAGGUUAUGCUAUAAUUCAAGGAAUCUGUCCAAACUCCCUGUGCUUCCAGUAUAACAGAGAUGAGUCAAUAACCAACCCGUGUGUGGCUGUCCUCACUCUUCGCCUGUAUAGCACACAGAGCUGCCCCAGGCUUUACAGCAAUACAAGCAUACAUCAUGGAUUCCUGUGGUAGGAUUUUGGAACUGGGAUAGCAUUUCCUCUGCAGAGAAGUUAUUUUCAAUAAGAUGUACUAAUGAAGUACUUUGUCUCAAAAAUCCAGCUUUGCCAUGUUUUCUCUGUGUUUUUCAUUGAUCUUGCACAUCCUCAUCUGACUGACAGAGGGUGAGAUGUUCUCUGACAAGAACUAUGGAGGAACUGAUGUAACGUGUAUACACCCAGUGGUCUCGAAUAUUGCAUGGAAAUGACUCAGUGUCACAAGGAAGGAAUUGGAGAACUUUAGUCUGCUCAACUUGUAUUUUCCUAAAAUGUACCUGAAUUCAUGUAACAACUCUCGGGCAAAAGAGUUCAAGUAAGUGCCUUAGCGAUGGUUGACUUGAUACGUCCUGGCACUUCAGGGCCUCGUGCAGAAUGUUAAUGGCUCAGAAAGAUUUCAUAGAUCUGUUUGUCAUAAGCUGUUUGUUGUAGUCAUGUUUGCAAAUCAAAGGGAAGACUUCACUCUACCAUUGCUUCUGCCUCUUAUUUUGCUGAAUACUUGUCAGCAGUUAAGCCACAGUCGAAGGUCUCUUAUAUUAAGCAGAAGCCUACUUCAGAAGUGAGUUCUGUAACAACUGCUCUUCAUAAGCACAUGCUCUUUCAACCCAGUAACUCUGUUAUAAAGAAGGUGAAUCUGCCAUUCCUAUGGUGCUCUUGUGACUGUUAAGGACAGCUUGAAUGUCAUAGAUGUUAACUCAGCAAACACAACUGUGCUUGACAUCUGUGAAACUUCACUAUUGUAUAAAAGCACAGAUUUAACUCAAAAUUAUUGCCAAAUCAAAAAACCUGUCAUCUGAAGAACAUAGCCCAUGUGAAGAGUAAUAAUUCAGCAUGUCUCUAGCAGCUAGCAUUGUAUAAAAGUACACUCCUACACUGAUACGUGCCUGUGAGGAUUAUGAAAUGUGCAAAAUACCGACUAAAUCCAUGCCGAGGGCCUUUGGAGAAGUUUUCAGAACAGCACUGUCUCAUAUUACAGUUCUUUAGGACCCUAAAAGUAGCUAGAUACCCUAAGACAAUGGUUGCAAGAGAGGCUUCAAGUGAAAAUUCUUCAUUAACAGAUUUUAAUAAAAGUCUGAAAUACAGUUUCCUCUCCUGUAUAGUUCUUCAAGAAAUUGGAAAUGGACAUUAUUGCUGUCUCACUACUAAAUUCUGGGGUCUUCCAGUUUGUGUUUAAAAAACCCUAUUGAUCCCCUGAACAGACAUCGUUAUCAGUGAUUGUCUUAUUCAUUGUCUUAGAUUCUAAGGAAGUAUUUUUCUGAUAGAAAGGGGUAGCGUUUCUUGGUCUAAAUUCACCCAUGACCUCUUUGAUUAAGGUAAUUUUUGCUUCACGGUGAUUUUUUUUCUGUCCAAUGGUCAACUUCAUUUACCUGGAGCGUUGUAUUAGUCCUUAACUGAAAUAAAACACUAGUACAACCCUUUGUAAAAAGGGAAAUCACAUUUUCCAGAUAUUUUCAGUUCAAAAGAUGAGCUGCAACUCUUCAGAUAGAGAGAAAAGUUGUUAGUAAUUAUAAACAUGAUCUUGUUUUGAAGUUCAGAGCUCUGUAAACUACUGCUUGGUGUGAUCUGCCUGAUAAAGCUCUGCUGAGUUCAUAUCUGUAAAGGAAUAUUGGGCUUUGUCAAGAGCUUUUUAUAACAGUGUUAUCUGAGCCUUUGUGUAUAAGACGCUGCACAGCUGUCUGAGGGAAGUAAUGAAGCAAUGGAAGAUCUAAGACAAAGAUAAUGCCCUGCUGCACUCCACAACAAGUUUUUUUCUGAAGGUUCAAACCACAUUGAAUUUUUCAAAUAGAAUAGCUGUAGCCCUUCUGGACAUGGAUGAUGGUGUGCUGUUGGUUCCUACUCAGAGUUAGUCAUGAAACAGCCUGGUUUUUUUGUACCUACCAAGUGCAACUUUAUGCUGAUUUCAUUUCCUUUCUUUUUAAUCCAGAAAAUAUUUCUGAAUGUACUAAAAAAAAAGAAGACAAAUAUUUUAUCAUCAGUUCAUGUUAUUGCAUUUUAAUAUGUGCCUUGCAAGUGCCUGUGCUGUAGUACAGCAGGGUUACUAUUGCCAGCUGUAGGGGUGGGGUGGGCAACAAAACAGAGCUGUUGAACAUUUUGAUGCAGAUAGAGCUGUAUCAUUUUCUGGAGCCUGUUUACUGAAACCCUUCUAUAGCUUGGAGAGGACAGUUUAGAGCCAGGUGGGUAUUUGACAGGGCUAGCUGUCAUCUUGAUGCAAGAUCAGUAGCAAUCAACAGUGUGGGGUUUUCUUCACCGAAAAGAAAGGAUCGGAGGAAAAACCUUAAUUUUGGAUCUUUAGGAAAGUUCUGUCAGAGGGGUUUUGCUAUGGAGCAUCUAACAGCAACAGGACUGAGGCUGCUUCAGAAUGGAUUAUGCUUCAUUUGGUUUUCAGUUGGUUUCAUCUGAGCCAAUUUGAUUUGGUUGUUGUAUGUAUUUAAACAGAAACACUAACUUAGUAUUUCUGGUGUGGAUCUUGAGCCUUCACAAAGGCUUCUCAUUCUCUUGCCUCUGAAGAGUGAAAUUUUCCCUUUUAAAAUUGUGCUUGUGGAUGGAUUAUCCAGAAUACAGUAUUACAGCAUUUUCUGACUUAAAAGUAUUUUUUUGUCUAUUUUGCUUAAAACAUGUUCCUCAAGUUAAAUGUAGCACUUCUGAUUUUUUUUUUCCUCCAGUUUUCUAAAAUAUUUCCACUGUUUGUGUUUUUCUGGAAGGCUGUCAUCUUAAUUUGACAGAGCUAAAUGAACACAGCUUUAAUGUAUCCAUAUAAACUCAUAUAAAUAUCACUGGCAACAGCAGUACUCUGGCUUUACACACAUAAUGAGGAAUGAAUUUGGCCCCUGCUGUAAUGAUGCAGUGCAGUGGUAUAAACAGCUGAAUAUCUGCUUUAAGACUUUUGCAGCUGUGAAGAAAAAUUCUCUUGAGCAUCUAAUUUACUUUUACUCUAUUCUUUCAAAUUUUGUACAGUUUUUGGCCCAGAGCACAAAUUUUCUUAUAGUCUAGUUUUAAACAAGAUUAUUUGGGAAGCUGGAGAUGUGGAGAACUCCUGGAUGUUUUUGUCACUUUGUGUUCUGCAUGUGACUGGUUUGGGAAUGCUGUCUGAUUUUCAGGUGAUAUGAGACAGUAUCUUGCAAAGCUGUUCCCUCUGAAUGAUUGGCAUGAAGCUAUGCAUAGGCUAAAGUUAAGCCUUUGAAACAGUGUUCCUGUGACUCGUGGUGACUUGACUUCUUAUUUGCCUCUUGCAAUUAAUGCAAUCACAGCUUAGCUGCAGGCUGCAUCAAGCAGCAGCUGUUAAUGGGCAGAAUUCUUCUAGGAAGGAAUCCAGUUGUACACCUUUACAUAUUGUUUUGCUCAUUGUGAGUAAUACUCUUGCUGAAGUGGCCUAAGAAAGAGGAUUUUAAAAUAGUGGUGUUUAUGUACAGACUGAAUUAGCUAUAGAGUUUGUGGCUCUUCCCGUGGCUUGGUAAAUAUUUCUUUCUGGUCUAUCUUUGUUCUGCUUAGCUCUCUUUCUGCAGUUCCUUUCUUUAAGCUAGAAUUAGUAUAUGAACACUCAGUACUAUUAACCAGUUUUAGAAACAAUUUAGUGAGACGUGGUAUUAAAGUCUAGUCGUCAUCCAUGAGUUCUGGAUUGUGCCUCUGUGUGUCCAAAUUAGUGUGUGUGGUGAUUGGCAAGACAUGUUAGAGCUGCUUAAUUCUCCCACAACUUCCUCAUCUCCUAUGUAGCCUACAUCAGCCCAGGGUGUCCAUCAGGUGUUUCUGUCCCCAAGUUACCAGCUCCUGAGAUAAGGGUUCAUAGAAUCCCUUAAUAUAUUUAAUUGUCCUUAUUUAGAAAGAUACCUCUAAUAGUGUUUCUGUUUGCAAAGGAGAGUGGCUGGCUGAGUUUUAAAUUGCUGUCUGGCUUGCUGAGCAUUCCCAGUCCUUCCUUCAUCUCAGUUUUUUUUCUUGUUCUGUUCCCUGGUUUCAUUGCUGUAGUACACUUUUACUGUCAAAGCCAAGAUGUUAAGCAUCUGCAAUAUGUAACAAGUAUGCUUUUGGUAAUUAAUGCUAAAUAACUUCAACAAUCAAGGUUUUUACAGUUCUGAUUUCUGCUACAGUCUUGAUACAAGUGUCGUUUUUUCUGUACACAUUUGUGCUUGGCAGGUUUUGGGCUGCAGCACCCUUGAGCUCAGUUUCACAAGGCCACUGUCUUAACCUCCCUAAACCAGAAUUAUUUCCUCACACUGAAGUUUCAGUAAACCCUAUGAAUACCAGAGGACUUCCUUCCAACUGAUGUUAGCUUUUGCUUAGAAUAUUCCUUGUCCUUAGGCCACUGUCUGCUGCAGAGUUGCACUUGUGGAUGCAAAACUUUUUUGUAAACUUUAGGCACAGAAUAUUCUGGCAACCUGAUGCAAUUAAGCUGGUUUCAUUUGAAUCCCCUAUUUUCAGGGGGUUUCAGUUUAGCUAAAAUCCCUUGCCUCAAAGCUGAAACGUGGCACGUUUGUUCUCCACUGGGAAGUAUGCUUCUGUUUAAUAAUGUUUUUAUGAGAUUGUAUUUAUGGAAACAGAAAGAAAAAUGUCAUGAAGCUAGUUUUGUUGCACUUUUCUAAGGCUUUUGUAUUUUGCAUAGAGUUCUAGAAUACAAACAAGUUAUUUGGGGAAGUCAAGGCUUAAAACCUGCUCUGCCCCAGCGUAGCGAUGUAUUCCGUGCAUUUUCACUCCAGUGAUAUAUGUGUUAUUUUAAUUGCAUGUAACUAGUGUAUUUAUGUGGUAGUUGGGAAGCCCGGUGGACCUUUCCUGCUGCAGAGGAGCCAUUGACAGUCCUGGUUCUGCAGUUAACGAACUGACUGUUUUGACAGUAGACUGCAUUUGCAAUAAUGGAGUAGUCAAUUUUUGUUUCUGAACUCUUAUUUCAACAAAGUGGGAGAAAAAGGCUCUUCUUUUUUUGUGUUCCUUUGUUGAGAUUUCUCUGGAGGCUUUUACAGGUUUCCAAUUAUUGCAUAUGUUCAAUUAGAACAAUUACUUGGGAAUCCGCUCGCUAAAGAGGGCACACGUACAGGUAGCAUACUCGAGUAGUUAAUCCUUGUAACUCACAACAUUUCAGUUUGUUAGAGACUUGGUUUUACAUGUAUUGUAAAGUCGAUUUUACUAUUUUUAAGUAGCACUUUUAUACAUAUCUGAAGGGGGGUUUUUUUGAACAGAAAUGUUUUUUCUGUAUGUUAUCUAAUGACAAGAAAGUAUAACACUACUAAACAAAGCAUAGACUAGUUAGGCUCCAGACUGUAAGUUCACUUUAGGUCAGUAAUGAUCAAGAGUUGUUCAAUGUGUAUGAAAUAAAUCCCAUUUAAUCUCAUUUAAUAUUGGACAACUCUCCAGAUCAAAGUCAGAAGGGCAUUAAUUGGUACCCUCCAACUCUUGAGUGAGGGUACUUCCAGUUCAGGUGUGAGGCAGAACUGACAGAACAGUGUGGUGAAUUUUGGACUUCAUGGAAGAACAGAAUUUAAUUGAUGUCUCAGCCUAACUUCACAGCACUAUAUGUGAUAAGGACUAACCUUGUUUGAGAUGACACUGCAGCCAGUAAUAGUAUCUCCUAAAUAGCUAAUUUAAAACUCAUUUUUCCAUGGCCUUCAAAGAUGAUGUAAAAAACAGUGAUUCUUAAAAGCUUUUCUCAUCCACCCAGCUUUUCUGAUUUGUAUUGAUUUUAUACUCUCUUGAGACACAACUGUUAGACUGACCUAACAGUUCAUGUAUGGUUUUAGUGAUUCUUUUAAUAGACAACAAGCACUUUUCUUUUUUUCCAGAACCCUUUCAAAUGGUUUAUGGACACACAUCGACAUGUAUGAAUAUUUUACAUAGGUAGAGAGGCUUUGCAUAAGUGUGUCUAUGUACACACACAUAGGUGCAUGUGUGUGUACGUAUAUGUACAUCUGCAGGUUGCUAAUAAAACUGAGCUGUUUCAAGAAGUGCUUGCAUCUUGAAUACUUAGGGUGGUGUAUUAGUGUAUAUAAUUACAAGGUAAGGAGAAAAAACCAUUUUGCUUCUGGUUAGAGCUGAGAUAACACAGACUUGAGGAAAAUGUGGAAGUAUGUUCAAAUUGUAUUUCACCCUGUUUCUGGUUUGAAAGGCACAAGCUGUUAAUCGUUGGAACUUAAAAGCUAGCAUAUUUUAAGCUAAGCCUUUUGGAGGACCAAUAUGCUUUUAGUUUGCAAGGACCACUAAAGAUCUGGGCAUUUACUUUCUCCAUAAUGUAUUCUGUAUGAGUAUUUAGUAUGUAUGCCUUCAAUUUGCCAGUGUUGCCAUGUUUUCUUCUUAAUUAUUCAUGAAAUAAAGAUUGCAAAUAACAAA